AUCGUCCUCCCAAGCGGCCUCCAAGCAGUCUUCCCGCUCAUUCCUUCGCUUUCCUCUCAGUUUCUUGCUCGUUUCAGUCAGCCACUUGUCUGAGCCUCAGGUGUCGCGCCCGCCAUUCUACACAGCUGCCAGAGCCGGAAAGCCGCAUCUACAGGCUUCCCUGCCUGUAUCUUGCGACUUGAGGUUAUUCCUAACCGGCUCAAGAGACUGCAAUAGGCGAAAUCGCGGUCGGUUCACCGCGAUUCAGGAUGGUGUUUCAGGUGUUGGUUCGAGGCCUCGACGGCGCCACCACUCUUCUCCGCACCGAUAGAGCCGUCAUUUCCGGCGCCGACCUCAAGACGGCCUUGCGCAGCCGCCGCGCCCUUCCGCCACUUUUAAGCGACAGAAGCGAUGGCAGAUGCGACGGAUGCGAUGAAUGCGACCUUUUCCGCGUCGUUACGGGCACGCGGGAGAUCUCGGACACGUCAGUCCUCUCUGCUGACGCGGCAGGAUUCUUCCCUUCGUGCCACGUCAUCGCGAGGGUUCUCGGCGGAAAGGGAGGCUUCGGGUCGCUGCUGCGCGGUGCCGCCACCAAGGCCGGGCAGAAAAAGACGAGCAAUUUCGACGCGUGUCGCGAUAUGAGUGGUCGGCGACUGAGGCACGUCAACGCCGAGAAGAAGCUGAAGGAUUGGCGCCACGAGGCGCGGGAGAGGCAGUUGGAAAAAACCGCUCAGGACUAUCUUAAGAGGCUCGCGAAGGAGAAGAAGAAGCGGCGCGAGGAGGUGGUGGGCCUGGGGGAGGUGCGCAAGGCCAGCCACGCCGCCAUGGCAAGGGUCGCUGAUGCGGUGAAGAGCGGUAUGGAGCGGCACGGGCUGGCUGCGGUCGCGAGGAAGGAUAAGGGGAAGCGGAAGCUGAGCGCGGAGGAGGAGGGGGAGGAGGAGGCGGAGAGGCAGUUGCAGGCGAAGCGAGGAAAGCUGCUAGGCAUGCUGGAAGAUAUAGAAGAGGAGGAAGACGAGGAGGAGGAGGACGAGGAGGAGGACGAAGAUGAGGAAGAAGAUGAUGAGGAGGAGGAAGGGGAAGAAGGGGAGGAACAGGAGGAACAGGAGGAACAGGAGGAAGAGGAGGAAGAGGAGGAUGGUGAGGAGGGAGGAAAGCGUAAAGAGAGGGGAGGGGAGGAGCGGCUUGAAAACGGCGGGUCCAAGGAGGUGAGCGAGGGGAGUGGGGAUGCAGGCAGUGCAGGUAAAGCGGCAGCAUCUCUGCACUCUUCGUCGUCUGAGGAGGAAAGGGAGGAAGCAGUUGACCCGAGGCAUGCAUCUGCUGCCCAAUCCCUUGCACACAAUCAUCAUCACCAUAAGCAGCAGCAGCCGCAGCCACAGCAGCAGGAGCACCAAAAGCCCCGACAGCAGCAGCAGGAGGAGAGGGUGGCGCAGCAGCUGCAGCCAGCAGCCGCAGCAGCAGCAGCAGCAGCAGCAGCAGCAGCAGCAGCAGCAGCAGAGGGUCCCGUGGACCUCUCACUCUUCCACUCAGCUGCACAGCUUGAGUCCCUGGGCUUGGACCGCUUGAAGCAGGAGCUGCAGCAGAGGGGGCUCAAGUGCGGGGGCACCCUGGCAGAGAGAGCGGCGCGCCUCUUCCUGCUCGCCAACACCCCCCUGGAUCAGAUCGACCCCAGGCACCUGGCGGGGGCUGCUGCUGGCGGCAAGGGGCGCAAGAGCAAGGGCAAGGCGUGAGUGGGGGUGCUGGAUGGGAUGGGGUCGCUUGCACGGCAGUCAGACAGCAACAGCAGUGCGGCUCUUCCUGCUCGCGGCAACCCCCCUGAAUCAGAUUGACCUUCGGCCUCUGGCUGGAGCUGCUGCCAGUGGCAAGGGAAGGGACACACGGGCAAGGGCAAGGCGUGACUGGGGGAAAGUGCUGCUGCCCCACUUGCGGCGAAUUGUGGCAUGCUGUGAAUAUUGGAAGGGGGGAUUGCUUAUUUGCUGUAGAUAGCGCUGCUCUGCUCACUGUGGUGUGGUUACUGCUUUUGAUUGUGCCCCCAACGGCCGUUGGGGUGGGGGGGCUGCCUUUCUGUUGCUCCGCUUUCAUUCUGUAUCCACUCUCCAUUCACAACUGCUCCACUUCCCCUUUUUAUAGCUUGUAGUAGUUCAUUCAA